AUGAGAGACAGAGUUUUUGUUUUCCCUGUCAGCAGCAGCACGCUGCUGCAUGCAGCCCUGAAAGUAACGGGGGGUGCAGGCCUCAGCCAUUUGCUGCUGCUGCCUGCUGCUGCUGAGGUGCUGCAGCAGCAGCUGCAGCAGCAGCAGCAGCAGCAGCAGCGCCAUCACCCGCGGGAGAUGCAGCAUCAGAUGCAAGACAAUCAACAGCAGCAGCAGCAGCAACCCCUCUCCUUCCCCCCGACAACUACUCCCUUCACCAGCAGCAGCAGCAGCAGCAGCAGCAGCAGCGGUUGCCGCAGCCUGAUGAGUUUGCUGCUGCUGUGUCUUAGCCCUGGGGGCUGUUUAAUAUGCAGCAGCAGCGUGGAGAGUGUAGACGAAGAAGAAAUAAAAAUAAUGUUAAAUAAAUCUGCUUCUCUUUCUCUUUAUGCUGCUGAUGCUGCAGCAAGCACCAUGGCGGGGGCUCACCUACACUUUAUUGUAGAGACACUAAAGGCGCUGCAGCAAUACCCAGACAGCAGCAGCAGCAGCAGCAGCAGCAGCAGCAGAAAUAUAUUUUUGUAUGAUAGCGAUAACUCACAGGCAGUAAAAGAAAUAGAAAAUGCAGCAGCAGCAGCAGCAACAGCAGCAGCAGCAGCAGCAUUUUAUACUCCUGUUUGUCUCUGUCUACCACCAGCAGGUCUCCCGUCUCAGCGAGCUUGA